AUGCGUCGUGUGCGCGAAGCUAUUCGUAAAAAGAAGCUGAAAUUAUGGGCCGACAACUCUUGGUUUUUGCACCACGAUAAUGUACCGUCGCAUACUGCAUUGAUCCUUCGUGAGUUUUUCGCCAAAAAUUCAACCAAUGUCAUUCCACAACCACAGUAUUCGUCUGAUUUAGCUUCGUGCGACUUCUGGCUGUUCAGCAACCUCAAGCGACCGCUCCGGCGAAAACGUUUUGAGUCAAUUGAAGACAUUAAACGUGAAUCGCUACGCGCAUUGAAGGCUAUUCCGGAAUUUGACUUUAACAACUGUUACGAGAAUUAG